AUGAAAACUGUCCCGAUUCGCCAACCUCUACAUGGCAUCAAUCAGCGAAUACCUCAGUCAACUGUCAUUGAUUCGAAAUUUGUGUCAUUUGCAGGAUUUCUUUCGUCUUCCGAAAUGGCUCUGUGCCACUCCUUUGAUACUUUAGCAAUGCACGCACAUCUCUCGCUCUCAAAAUGGUGUCUAUAUCCGUUAUCAAUAGCCAUAACUGCCAUUCUUCUCUCUCUCUCUCUCUCUCUCUCUUGCUCUAUCUAUCUACCUAUCUUCCAGUCUUUGUUUUUGUUCCUUCUCUGCUUAAUACCAUUCUCUCUCUCACCCCACCAAUUCUUGCUUUUGGUUAUACGCAACGAUUAUCGGCGACAUCUAUCGACACUUGUUCAUAUCUAUCUAUCUAUCUAUCUAUCUAUCUAUCUAUCUAUCUAUCUAUCUAUCUAUCCUGAAAAUUGCAUAUCAAAUUCUCUUUAUAUCUAUCUAUCUCUUAAUAGAUAUCUAAUUCUGUUGAUAUCUAUCUAUUUCUAA